AUGAGCAACCCGCGGUCGCUUACCGCAGGCGCGGGCAACCACCUGUCUGCCGCAACCAAGGAUGAUUGGGAGGACUGGGAGGACGACGAGGUUUUGACGCCCAUGACGACGAUGGGCGGUUCGACGCCCCAGCCCCUCCCCGCUAAGUUCGAGGCGUCCUCAGGCGAAGAAACGCUUACGAUACCCGGGCGUAAGGUCUCUCAGCGGGCUCCCAGUUCCCUCGGGCGCCAGUCAAUGCGGGGGCUGCGAAGGCUGAAGUCUCGGAACAGGCAGAAGGCCCAGAAUGCGCAGGCGGGGAUCAAAGUCGUGACCGAUAUGUCCAAGUUUCAACAGCAGCAGAAGAACCAACAUAUUGCCCACCAACUGAGAUCGGCCACGGAUACCAGGACGGGCAAGUUUGUCGAUGUGGCGGCGUUGAAGGCGCUGGAAGGCGCUCCGUCGGACGACUCGAUAGGGACCUUUGCCUGGUUUCGGCGCAAGUCAACAAAGGGUAAGAGGGUCCAGAAGCUAGUGACCGAGGUCUCGCCGCAGGCCGACUUGUCGCCCGCCUCGCGGCCCAUCGUGAUCGGGUUCGCGAUGCCGUCAGACUCGGACGUGGUUAUCAGCCCGCAGACUGCGGUCGUUGAAACCCCGGUUGAGUUUCCCCGAUACUUCAAGCCAACCAAGGUCACCUCUCCCGACCAGCCGGUAUCUGCUUGGUCGCCCGACACGGAGGACGGCGCAUCGCCGCGGAUUGUGGACCGGGGGUUUGUGCCCGCGGUUCCUUCGAUUCCAAGUUAUUACAAGACAACCGAGUUCUCGCCAGUCCCGGAGAGCAGCCACAACGCCGGCUUUUCAACUACCAAGGAAAAGAAAGGCCGUCGGGACACCAUUGCCACGCCGGUGUAUGACGAUGACGAUGACAUGGCCACCCCAAUCACACUGUUUGAGGAAGAUGGCAGCCCAGCGGUCACACAAAGAAAGUCGCUGCGGAUCAAAGGCCGGCCACGGGCAGCCACAAACGGGAGCUCGCGAUCUCAAGGCUGGUGGGACCAUGUGACCUCUCCCUUUGGGCCACCUACACCACAAAGCCCCGCGGUCAGUCAUCAUACCAAGGUGGAGGAGAAUCAAAAGUGGUGGAAAGACGUGGAUAAGAAACAGUCGCCACUCACUUCUGCCGCUGCCACAAGCCCACUGAGCCCAGAAGCUGGGCCAUCGAACAAACUCCGAGCCGUGCCCACGAUCCAGCCGCAAACACCCACGAUCGUGAUCCAGGAUAUGUCCACCACUCAACCUUCAUCCUCGCGCGCACCCCCACCAGCGCCUCUCCACCCGGGGAUGACUCAACGAUCGGAGAAGCCUCGUGCGAUGGUCGUCGAGGAAGAGGAGGUCCGAGCCUCCAGCGAGAUGCCACCACCUUACUCCCCUCCUUCGAAUUCCAAAGCGCCCCCCAACGCUCGCUACCGCGCCGUUUUCCCGCCCGGCCACCCCCUCAACGCCGCGUUCCCACCAUCACCGGGCCCUGUCCCUCCCGGGCUCUCGCAUACCAUGACAUCUCAGGGGGCCAUCGGCCUCUCUGACGUUCCGCUCACGCCCGCAGAAACCCAACAGUCUCGCGCCAUCUUACCCGACCGGCCGCUGGGCUCAUUUAUUCCCGGGGACCAUUACAUCGAUGUUUCUGGGCGUGGCGUCCGGCAGAAGACGGAGCGUCAGCGGCGGAGACAUGAGAAGGAGGAUGUCGUUGCGUACAAAGCGGGCCGGAUGUGGCAUGGCCGGGGGUGCUUCCCCUGCUGCGGCAGCUGCUUCGGCCGGCCGGGCCGUGAAGGGAGGAAGCGGCGGCGGUGGUGCUUGGGCAUCUGCAUUACCAUUUUGAUCCUGACCGGCGUGGGUGUCGCCCUCGGGAUUAUCCUCACGCGCCAUACUGCGGUGGCGGUCGAAGAGAUCCCCUCGCGCUUCCUGAACCUCACCAACUUCCCGCCUAUGCCCACUGGCAUCUCGACAGUGAUCGGCCCAGAUUCCGACGCGACGACGGCGUGUGUGCAACCGCCCACGUUAUGGAGCUGCUCGCUUCCUAAAGAGCAGGCGGAGUCUGCCGCACCGUUCGGGGCCGACCAGCCCAGCUUCGUCCUCCAGAUCCAGUUCGACAACAACUCCCGGCAGCUUUGGAACGUGAAUGGCGACCGGCCCCGGCCGACCGACCCCGAAAACCGUGGAAACGGGGAACCCCUGACCAACCGUACAAAACAAGCAACGGCCACCGCAACGACGCACGCACGCGGAGAAGUUCCAGUCACAGGCUUCAUCUCCCUCGUUCGACGGCUCCUUCUUGGGCCGCGUGAGUCCAACCUAGGCUUCCGAUCUGAACCAGCCCCGCCUAGCUUCCAGGAAAUGUUCUUCCUCGGCAACACCACCGACGGCGUGGUCUCAGACGAUAAGGCCGGCGAGCCGACCCCCUUCUACAUCAGCAUUCUCCACUCCGUCAACGCCAGCAUCGGCCCCAACGUCCUCACCCGUCGGGCCACUAAGAACGACCACGGCAACGAACCCAUACAAACUAACCUGACCGCCAACCGAGGCGGUGUCAACGCCUCUGACAUCGCACCCCCUCCGGCCCUCAACUCCGACGGCACGGGUGCCCCCGCCGUCCUGCUCCCCUUCCCCACGCAGCAACCAGUGCGGCUGUACGACCGCGGCCUGCCGACGGAGCGGUACAGUUUCUAUACCUACUUCAACAAGACGAUGUACGUCAAGUCGGUGGACGUGCUGCUAGGCGACGGGAUGGACUCGUCGCCGGUGCCCGCGGACGAGAAUGGCGGUAGCCUCGAGACUGAGGCCAAGUUCUUGGUGACCUGGCUCUCGGUCCGGUACAAAGUUGAGAUCUGGACGCGGUGGGAGAAUACCACGCGGCUGGUGGGAACGACGAGCGACAGCAAUACCAACAACGGCAAUACCAACAGCAAAACCCCCGAUCAACAACCCGGCACAUUCCCCUACCCAAUCACCAUCACCCUCGACACACACGGCGGCGAGCGCGGGAAGAAGUUCGCAUUUGUGCGCGGCGUCGACGACCGCCAGCGCAUCAUCAUGAACGACGCCCGCUUCGUUCUCAACCGCAUGAACACCACGGGGGACCUGGUCAACUCGUCCGGGGAGGACUUUAACCCCUCGCUUGGGGGGAUGGAUGGUGGGACAGGUGGGUGCCAGUGCCAGUAUCGGAAUUGGGUGGGGGUUAGUCGGUCAUGUUGCCUCCAUUACCGGCAAGUGUCCAAAGCCAGCACGAAUCGUAGCACCAGGACCAAACCACUUUUCACGCUCGCCAUCGAGACGUCGUGUGAUGACACCUGCGUCGCUAUUCUGGAGAAGAGAGGGGACACCGCGAAACUUUUAUUCAAUGAGAAAAUCACAUCCGACAACCGGGAGUUUGGUGGGGUUGAGCCCAUCACCACCAUUAAGUCACAUGUGGCUAAUAUAGGACCUCUCGUGAACAAGGCAGUCUUAGCCUUGCCCGAAACCUCCUCCACUGCCUUUGGGAUACGGUAUGUCGACCCGGUCACCAAAUCCGUUUCCUACCGCCGCAAGCCCGACUUUGUCAGCGUCACCCGUGGCCCGGGCAUGUCAUCGCCCCUAUCGAUUGGCCUGUCCACCGCGAAAGGGUUAGCCGCGGCCUGGCAGGUACCGUUACUGGCUGUGAACCACAUGCAGGCACAUGCCCUGACUCCACGUCUCGUGGAAGCUCUGAAGAAUGGCGAGAAGGCCUCGGCCUCGGCCUCAGCCUCUGAAACCGAACCGGCAAAGCCCGCUGGGAAGAAACCGAAGAAGAAACCGCAGCAGAAACCCGAGUUCCCCUUCCUAAGCCUGCUCCUCUCGGGCGGCCACACCAUGCUCGUCCUCACCAGAUCCGCCGUCUCCCACUCCAUCCUAGCCGAGGCCAAAGGGACCACUGCCAUCGGUGACAUGCUCGACAAGCUUGCCCGCACUAUCCUCCCCGAGCCCACCAUCAAAGAUUCCAAAAACGUCAUGUACGGCGCCCUCCUCGAGUCCUUCGCCUUCGACCUGCCAGACCCAAGCCCCAGCUCCGACUCCAACUCCGACUCCAACAAUCCCAACUCUAACACUCCCACCUCCAACCCCACCUCCAACCCCCCUCCCGAGUUCACCGAAGCCGAGUACAACUACAUCUACGAACCCCCCGCCAAACGCGCCGACGAAAUCGCCCCCUACAUCUCCCCGACCUACGGCUGGCAGCUCACUCCCCCCCUCCACGAAACCCGCGCAAUGAAAUACAACCUCUCCGGCCUCCACGGCCAAGCCAAAAACAUCAUGCUCCAAAAAUUCAUCGUCGACGUCCCCGAACGCCGCGAACUCGCCCGCGAAACCAUGCGCCUCGCCUUCCACCACGUCGCCAACCGCGUGGUCUUCGCGCUGGACCGCUUCGCCGGCGGACCGCAGAGCCAAAAAAGGCCGCAGACGAAGCGGCCCGAUGUGCCGCGCACGCUGGUGGUGUCGGGCGGGGUGGCGUCGAACCGGUUCUUGAUGCAUGUGGUGGCGAAAGUGUUGGCGUCGCGCGGGUAUGGGCCGGAUGUGGUGAAGGUUGUGCGGCCGCCGCCGCAGUUGUGUACUGAUAAUGCGGCUAUGAUUGCGUGGACGGCGAUGGAGAUGUGGGAGGCUGGGUGGCGGAGCGAGUUGUCGGUGCUGGCGGAGAAGACGUGGUCGAUCGAUAGAGGUGGUGAUGACAGCGAGAGUUGGUCGCUCGAGUUGAGGGAGGAUGAGAAGGAGGGGCGGCAAACCAAGGGGAUGAUGGCGCGGGAAGGUUGGUAUCGAGUUGAUGGGGACCAGCAGAGGAUUGAGGGGGAUAGUUCAAGGGGUUAA